AUGGAGUUGAUUAUGGUAAAGAAAAGUAGAACAUGGGUAAACCAUAUAGAUGCAGGUUUCACUAAGUUUCUAUUCUCCUUGUCUCUUGACAACAUUUUUAAUGAGGAUCUUUACACUGACCAGGUGGUGGAUAUACCAGCAUCAUUUGAAUCAGUAAAUCAAUACUAUGGCUCAUUUGUCCACCCUUUACAAGAGGAUAUCCGGGCAAAGCUAUGUUCAUGCCUAGAUGACAUCUCCAAGGCCCCAUUUGAGGAAGUCUCAUCUUGUAAUGUGUCCUCUAACCUAGGUAAGAACUUCAGACUCUCUGAAGAUGUCUUAAAUGAUGAGUCCCAGUCAGUUGAGGUCUUCAUACAUGAUAUAAAAGUUGGCGAGUGGAGUAAAAAUGACCAUGGGAAAGAGACUUACAAACCAAUGUCAGGUGAUCUGGUUUUGUUUUCCAAUUAUAAGCCUGAGUCUGUAUCAGACUUAAAUCGGAAAGGAAGAACAUGGAUUCUUGCGUUGGUGAGAUUUGUCUAUGAUGAUGAGGAAAAAAAUUCAUCAACUCAUUUCAAUGUUAUGGCAUCCAAAGAUAAGGAGAACAAUUCCUCAACACAUUUCAAUGUUAUGGCAUCCAAAGAGAUUGGUGUUGAAGAUCUGUACAUGGUAUUCUUGAUAAAUGUGUUGACUGAGAAAAGGGUUUGGCACUCACUUCAUAGUUGCAGCAAUGCUGAAAUCAUUAAGAAAGUUAUAGAAACUGAUGAUAGUGAGGCUUUGGAAGAUUGCAGAUAUUGUGACCCUAUGAAUAGCCUGCAGUUGUCUGCAAUGUGGAAUGAUAGUCUUUUAUCCCAGCUGAACAAAUCUCAAAGAGAUGCUGUUAUGUCAUCGCUUAUCCGAACCAACUGUUCCCAUAAACCUUCCAUAGAUCUUAUAUGGGGUCCUCCAGGGACUGGGAAGACUAAAACUAUUAGUUUGCUACUUUUUAAACUCUUGAGUAUGCAAUGCAGCACUCUUGUAUGCACCCCAACAAAUGUAGCUGUAAAAGAAAUUGCUUCUAGAACACUAAAGUUGGUGAAACAAGAUUCUUUUGAUGAUGCCUUUUUGCUACCUCUUGGAGAUUUGCUCCUGUUGGGGAAUAACGAUCGCCUAAAAGCCCGUGAUGAUCUUGAACUGAAAGAGAUCUAUCUUGACUUUCGUGUUGAGCAGCUUACUAUGUUGUUGUCUCCACUUAGUGGGUGGAGGCACUCUUUGAUCUCAAUGAGUGAUUUUUUCACAGAUUGUGUCUCUCAGUAUGAAAUUUACUUUGACAAUGAGUUGAUCAAAGAAAAGGCAAAAGAAAAAGAAAAAGAAAAUGAGAAUGGAAAGGAAAAAGGGAAGGAAAAAGAAAAGAAAAAGGCUAAAGAAAAGGCAAAAGAAAAAGAAGUUGUAUCGGAAGAAAAUAUAUUAUCAUUCCUUGAGUUUUCCAGGAACAGAUUCAAUCUUGUUUCUUCCAGUUUGAGAAGUUGCAUACCUUUAUUGUUUGUUCAUCUACCACGGCAUUUUAUUAAUGAACCUAAGAAGCUCAAAAUGAUAAUACUUUUCGAUCUCCUUGAUCAAUUGGAAAAACAGUUGUUUAAUGAAAAUGUUUCAUCAGAAGAAUUGAAGAAAAUCUUCUUGCGGUCUGAUGAAAUAUGUCGGGACUCUGAUGAAGCAUUAUCAUCUCCUUUACAUACAGUGAGAAAGACUCUAUCUUCCCUAAAAGACCUUCAAGCUUUUCUUCAUAAUCUAAACCUUCCAAAUGUAAAGGUUAAGGAUUCAGUGAAGCAAUUCUGCAUUAAAUCGGCUUCCUUAGUUUUCUGUACGGCUUCAACCUCAUAUAAUUUGCGUUUUCCGCAUGUGAGAGAUUUCAAAUUGUUGGUUAUUGACGAGGCGUCACAACUGAAGGAAUGUGAGUCAACUAUACCACUUCAACUUCCUCAAGUCAUGCAUGCAAUACUUGUUGGUGAUGAGCGACAAUUACCAGCUAUGGUUACCAGCAAAGUUUCUGAAAGAGCUGGCUUUGGGAGAAGUUUGUUUGAACGACUUAGUUUGAUGGGACAUUCUAAGCACCUUCUCAAUAUGCAGUAUAGAAUGCAUCCAUCAAUAAGUUUGUUUCCAAACUCAAAGUUCUAUUCCAACAUGAUACUGGACGCAUCUAAUGUCGUCAAACAAGAUUAUGAGAGAAGGUAUCUUACUGCACCCAUGUUUGGGCCAUACUCUUUCAUCAAUAUUCGAAAUGGGUUAGAAGAAAGAGAAGAUGAUGGGAGAAGCUUAAGAAAUAUGGUUGAGGUGGCAGUUGUCAUUAAGAUAAUAAGGAAUCUUUAUAAAGCUUGGUGUGAUUCCAAAAUGAGGCUUAGCAUUGGUAUUAUAUCGCCCUAUGCAGCUCAGGUUGCAGCGAUACGAGAUAAACUUCCAUCUGAUUAUAAGGACCUUGAUGGGUUCAAAGUUAAGGUCAUGUCUAUUGAUGGAUUUCAGGGUGGAGAAGAAGAUAUCAUAGUGAUAUCUACUGUUAGAUCUAAUGCCGGCGGAUAUGUUGGUUUUAUGUCGAGUCAUCAACGAACUAAUGUUGCAUUAACAAGAGCUAGGCACUGCCUUUGGAUUCUGGGAAGUGAAAAAACCUUGGAAAACAGUGAGACAAUAUGGGCAUCCUUGGUCCGUGAUGCAAAGCAACGUCAAUGUUUCUUCAAUGCUGAUGAUCAAAAAGAUAUAGAGAAAACAAUACUUGACGUCAAGAAACAACUUGAUCAGUGGAAUGAUUUGCUCAAUGAUGAUAGCAUAUAUUUCAAGGAUGCACAAUGGAAGGUUCUUUUUAGCGAAAAUUUUAAAAAAUCACUUUUUAAGCUGAGUUCAACACGCAAAAAGAAGUCAGUAAUGACUCUCUUGCUUAGUCUUUCAAGUGGUUGGCGUCCCAAGAGUAAAAACGUGGACUUGGUUUGUCAAAAUUCAUCACAUAUCUUGAAGCAGUUCAAGGUUGAAGGGCUCUUUCUUGUUUGCAGCAUUGAUAUAAAGAAGGAAGAAAUGUAUAUUCAAGUUUUAAAAAUCUGGGAUGUGUUGCCUUGUGAUGAAGUCCCAAAAUUGGUGAAACGUCUUGAGGGGUUGUUUGCCAUGUAUACUGAUGAAUACAUCAGUCACUGCAAAGAAAAGUUUCUUCAAGGGAAUUUGGAGUUCCCCAAGACAUGGCCAACGACAUUUAACAUUGUCCAAUUUAAGACUCUUGGUCAUCAAGAAUGUGGAAAUUUGAACCAAGAUAAUCUUAUUAGUAGUAAUUAUGUAGAGAAUUCAAAGGUUAGCGAGAGCUUGCUUUUGAUGAAAUUCUACUCUUUGUCUUCUGGUGUGACGAGACAUUUGCUGUCCAAUCAAGAAGGAAAAGAACUGGAGUUACCAUUCGAAGUAACAGACCAGGAACGAGAUUUAAUUCUUUUCCCACAAAGUACUUUUAUACUUGGAAGGUCUGGUACGGGGAAAACAACAGUUCUAACAAUGAAGCUUUAUAAAAAGGAGCAAAGGCACCGAAUUGCUUCAAUGGGUUUCAGUGCAUUAGACAUUAAUGCAACUUCUAAUGUUAAAGAAAGAAAGAAAGUUGGAGAAACUAGUCGGCCUGAAAAAGAAACUAUCCUCCGCCAACUUUUUGUGACAGUGAGUCCAAAGUUAUGUUAUGCCAUAAAGCAACAUGUUUCUGGACUAAAAAGAUUUUCUUGUGGAGGAAGCUUCUCAGUUGAUGAAAAAUCAGAAGAUCUUGAUGAGAGCGCAUGGUUUACUGAUAUAUCUAAUUCAUUUAUUGACAUCCCCAAUCAAACGUACCCUCUUGUUAUUACAUUUAACAAGUUCCUAAUGAUGCUCGAUGGAACAUCUGGUAAUUCAUUCUUUGAAAGGUUUGUUGGUCUUAGCGAGUUUUACGGAAAAAGAUUGAAUUCUAGGUCAAUUGCUUUGCAAACAUUCAUUAGAACUAAGGAGGUCAACUACGAUAGAUUCUAUUCAUUCUAUUGGCCUCAUUUCAACUCCAAUCUGACAAAGAAGUUUGAUCCAUCGAGAAUAUUUACUGAGAUCAUUUCUUGCAUAAAAGGUGGCUUGCAAGCUGGGAAGACUUAUAGUGGAAAACUUGAUUUGGAGGAAUACAAAGCAUUAUCCAAUGGCAGGACAUCUACUUUGACGAAACAAAGGAGGCAUGAAAUCUAUGAGAUUUUUCUAGAUUAUGAGAAAAUGAAGUCGGAGAAUGGUGACUUUGAUUUAGCAGAUUUGGUAAUUGAUCUUCACCAUAGGCUAUCAAAAGAGAGAUUUCAGGGUGAUGAAAUUGAUUUUGUAUACAUCGAUGAAGUGCAAGAUCUGAGCAUGCAACAGAUCGCACUUUUCAAGUAUGUUUGCAAAAAUGUAGAAGAGGGUUUUGUUUUUUCAGGGGAUACUGCACAGACAAUUGCAAGAGGAAUAGAUUUCAGGUUUGAAGAUAUAAGAUGUCUUUUCUAUAACGAGUUUAUGUCGGAAUCAGGAGGAGAUGUUACUGGUAGAAAUGAUGUUAAAGGGAAAAUGUCUGAUAUCUUCAACCUUAACCAGAACUUUCGUACACAUGAUGGUGUUCUAAGAUUGGCUCAAAGUGUAAUUGACCUUAUUUACAAUUUUUUCCCUCAAUCUAUUGACUUUUUGAAUCCAGAGAGAAGUCUUAUUUAUGGUGAAUCACCUGUUCUACUUGAAUCGGGAAAUGACGAGAAUGCAAUUGUAACUAUAUUUGGGAGCAGCGGAAGUAUGAGUAGUAACAUUAUUGGGUUUGGAGCCGAGCAAGUGAUUUUAGUUCGAGAUGAUGAUGCUAGAGAGGAAAUAUCUUGCUAUGUUGGAAAGCAUGCACUAGUUCUUACUAUUAUGGAGUGUAAAGGGUUAGAGUUUCAGGAUGUGUUAUUAUAUAAUUUCUUUGGUUCAUCGCCACUGAAGAAUCAAUGGAGAGUUGUUUAUGAGUUCAUGAAGCUUCGAGAAUUACUUGAUGAUAAAUGCAAGUCAUUUCCAAGCUUCGAUACCACGAGACAUGGUAUUCUAUGCUCUGAGCUGAAACAACUUUAUGUUGCCAUUACCCGUACGAGACAAAGGUUGUGGAUUUGCGAGAACAAAGAGGAGCUCUCAAAACCCAUGUUUGACUACUGGAAGAAGUUGUGCCUUGUUCAAGUCAGGCAAUUAGAUGAUUCUCUUGCAAAGGCAAUGCAAGUGGCAAGUUGCCCUGAGGAAUGGAAACAAAGGGGCAUAAAGCUAUUUUAUGAGAGUAAUUACGAGAUGGCUACAAUGUGCUUCGAGAGGGCUGGAGACUUAACCUGGGAGAGAAGAGCUAAAGCUACUGGACUCAAGGCUGCUGCUGACCGGCUUCGCGGUUCAAAUGAUGAAUUAGCUUUUACGAUACUUCGUGAAGCUGCUAAAAUUUUUGAAUCUAUUGGAAGGGCUGAGAUUGCUGCAGAAUGCUUAUUUGAACUAGGAGAGUACGAGAAAGCUGGGAGAAUUUAUUUGGACAAGUGUGGGAAGCCUGACUUAACAAAGGCUGGAGAAUGUUUCUUUCUGGCAGGUCGGUCUGACCUUGCAGCUGAAGUCUACGCUCGGGGAGGCUUCCUAGCCGAGUGCUUAGAUGUAUGCAAUAGAGGAAAACUCUAUGAUAUGGGCUUGAAGUACAUAGAGUACUGGAAACAACUCAAUCACUCUGAUGGCGGUUUUAUUAAAAAUAGCAGUGGAAUUGAUGAAAUCGAACAAAAGUUCCUCCAUAAUUGCGCAAUGAAUUACUACAAACUUGAAGAUCGAGUAUCCAUGAUGAAGUUUGUUCGAGCUUUUCAGUCAACUAAUACAAAACGCCAGUUUUUGAAAUCUUUAGAUUGCCUGGAUGAGCUUUUAUUGGUAGAACAAGAAUCGGGUAAUUUUUUGGAGGCUGCCGUGAUUGCAAAGAUGAGGGGUGAUCUUCUUUUGGAGUCUGAUCUAUUGGGGAAGGCAGGCUGUUCUAAUGAAGCUGCCAGGCUUCUCAUUUGGUCGGUCUUUCUUACUUCUCUCUGGGCACAUGGAAGCACAGGUUGGCCUCUCAAGAGUUUUGCUACGAAAGAUGACCUUUUGGAAAAAGCUAUUUCAUUUGCAAGAACAGACCCAAACUUCUAUAAGAUGAUCUAUACUGAUGCGAUGAUUUUAUCAAGUGAGAAAGCAAAAUUGUCUGAUUUGAUUCUUUACUUGCAUGCCUCUGUGAGGAAUGGAAGCCUGCGAGGUGAAAUUUUGUCUAUACGGAGAAUUUUGGAUCUUCAUUUGUGCGUAAAUGGCUCCAAAUAUGAAUUGGAAGAUGAACUGGUAGAUGAUCCGUUUAGUCAUUCACAGAAGAUUCUUUCACGCAACAGUGUUUCUGUCGCAUCGUUGUUGUUCUACUGGAAUCUUUGGGCCAAAAUGAUAUACAAAAUCAUCAGCUUUCUAGAAUCUUCUAAGAAACUGGAUCUUGAGGAGAACAAUGCCUAUGUUCUGUUCUGCUUUGAAUAUUUUGGUGUAAGGAAGCAACAUAACAAUCUGAAUUCUAGCACCUACCAUUUGUUGAAUCCUGAAGCUGAUUGGGUAAAAAAGAUUGACAAAAGAUUUAUUAGAAAGAAAGGAAACCUACUUUAUACUGACCUUAGCAAUUUUUCCACUGUUUCUUUGAGCCACUGGCGUUCCGAAUUGCUUUUUGUCGGUCUAAAGGUUUUGGGAACUCUUGAAGUCAUUUCUGGCAGGAUUUCCCCAUCUCUCUUUUGCAGGACCAUGCCCCUUUUACACAUAUACAUGAUUGCAAAAUUUCUGAAUUCAAAGGAUCUUGGGAAACAUCAUGAUUUGCAGAGACUGCAAUAUUUUCUUAGAAAAUCUCAUCAGCAUUUUCAGAAUGUGUUUCCAUUGGACUGGAACCAAACUUUGAAUGAUAACAUUGUUUUCUUGAGAAGAACAGACGAUUUCCGAAGUUUAUUGCAUGAAUCUUUGCUUGAAGGUGUUUUGUCUAAGGGUGAUCUUACACAUGGGCAAAUUGGUAGAAUAAUGGCAUUGUAUCUUUCCUCUGGCAGACCAACUGACGAAAUGGUCAUGAAGAUUGCAGAAAGGCUCAAUCGUCAUUCAUCUUGGAAAAUUUUCUUUGAGGAUUCUAAUCAGGACAUAGUGACCCGAAUUUCACAGAACCAGUCAAUUAUAGUGAAAAUAUCUUCUGCAUACAAGCUCAUGACAGCUUUGAAAGAGACAUACGGAGCUAACUGGAAGGUGCCCGAUUACAUAUCUCCAAUAUGUUUCUUGUAUAUCUUGGAACGCCUUCUCCUGCUCACUUCCCGCUCCCAAAAAUUUCUUUACACCACAAAAUCUGUUUUUGUGGAAUGGCUUAUUUAUGAGAAACCAGGUGAGAAUCUUACAAUCAACCCAAAAGAAGAUGCACUACACGAGAUUUUCAGUUAUAUUGAAUACUUAAUCAGGCAACUCCUUUAUGACCAUGAAACAGAACAAUGGAUACGGAAUUCCAGUGUUAAUAUUGUUAACUUCUAUCCGAUAAUGGUGUUGAGAUGUGUGAUAAUGUCUUGCUUGCUUUACUUAAAUACGGGUAAUGACAUGUUAAACCAAAUUCUUAGACAGAAACACAUCACUUCAAGACUGCCGACAAACUUUUAUACUGCUCUAAGGACGAGAAAUACUAGGCUGAAUGCAGAUGUAAUAUCCGAUGCACUAGCAAUGAUUGGUAAUCCACUUGUGAUUGUCAGUUGGCAAGAUAGAUGUCCAGUAACUGUAUCUCCUAGUGUCAUUUUUCUGGAACUUAGAGAUGGAAUGAAUAGGGAAAGUAUAUUAAGUUUGUUGUUUCCACGGAAAACAACUCUACCUGAAUCUGUAGAACAUGAAGAAGACCAAGCGAAGAAUGUCGAUUCUUUGUCUUUGAGUGAGCCAAUUGAAAUCGCCGCCUUGUUCCAGGAAAUAUCUUAUGCUUUGAGAUCAGUAAAGGAUACAACUGAUAAGAGUUUUGAUAGGUUCAUAUCUCAUCUUCCACAUAUAAAGGUAAAUUCAACUUCUCAACGUUAUCUAAUGUUCAAUUGA